GCAGUUGAAACGGUGAAACCAUCUGAAAACUUUCUGUUUUCCACAAAACUCAAUAAAAUUCUUUCGCCAUUUAAUUGAAUAAUUAAAUUUCUGACACGAUGUCGUUAAACCGUUUUAUGCAUCCGCGAAACAUUUACAAAUCCCCGCCGGAUUUCCGUAAACUCUCCGCAACUAAUCCGGAUCUGGCGGAGUACAUGAGCAUCGAUGCGGAGCGCAACACCGUCUCCUACAACUUCGACAAUCCCGCGGCACUCCGCGCACUGACAUGCGCGCUGCUGCGCCAGGACUUUGGUUUAUCGGUGGAUCUGCCGUUGAAUCACCUCAUCCCCACCGUGCCCAAUCGGCUGAACUACGUUCUGUGGGUGGAGGAUCUGCUGGAGAGUCAGGGAUUGACGACGGGGGAGGUUUGGGGAUUGGAUGUGGGUGCGGGUGCGUCGUGUAUUUAUCCGCUGCUGGGCGCGCGGAAAAAUGGCUGGCAUUUUGUGGCGACGGAAUCCAACGACGAAGCCUACCAGUUUGCCAAAAAUAAUGUGGAAAGAAAUGGUCUCACCGAGAAAAUUUUAGUGACGAAAGGAGACGAGCAGUCGCCGCUAAUGUCCGCGGUAGAGUCAUCCGGGCGACACUUCACCUUCUGCAUGUCCAAUCCGCCGUUCUUCGAAUCCCAGUCGGAGCGCACCGAAAAGGCGUCGUACAAACCGCCGAAAUUGAGUGCCAACCCGGUAGCUGAAUCGGAUGCCGUGGCGGAGGGCGGGGAAGUGGCGUUUGUCGGGAAGAUGAUCGAGGAAAGUCUGCUCCUUGAAAAUAAAAUAAAGAUCUAUACCUCGAUGCUGGGGAAAAAAUCCAGCCUGACGCCGCUAAAAACUCUCCUCCACUCCAAGCACCUCGCCUUCACCACCACCGAAUUCUGCCAAGGUCGCACGAUGCGCUGGGGUCUGGCGUGGUCCACCAGCCUCAACCUGGACGACCACCCCCUCCCGCAUCCACUCAAAACCCUCAAGAAACCCGUCUCCUACCCCAUCGAUUUCGGCGCGCAGUCGGAGACCUCCCGGAUGAGCAUCUGCCUCCGCGUCAUGGAUCUCUUACAGUCCGAGCUGCAGAUGUACGUCGUGGCGGAAGGCGCCGGCAAGUGGCGGGUGGCGGCCACCGAGAUGACGUGGCGCAGUCAGCGUCGGAAGCGGCGUGAGAAGGAGCGGAUGGAGGUGGACGGGGAGGAGAGUGUCCCGGAGAACGGGAAACCGGUGGCGGCCGGCGGGUAUGUGCUGCAGUUCUUCCUGCUGGUGCGGGCGGAUGCGUUCCGCUAUGGGGUGGAGUUGGAGUGGGUGGACGGGGAGAAGCGGGAAUACCUCCACGAGGUGGUGGUGUUCUUGAAAAAUCGCUUGGCGGAGGUGAUCGCCAAAUAAAGGGUCUCUUGAAUAGUGUCUAUUUUUGUUUUAAUAAUUCUUGUUGACGAUUCGAGGUCUGAUUGCUCAGUCGCUUUUGCAGAUUGUGAUAUGGUUCCGGUCAGGUUCCGGUUAUGGGAGUCAUUAAGUGUUGCUGUUGGUUUGGUUACCUUUUUCCUGAUCUCUCAAUGAAUUGAAACCUUAUUG